GUUCUAUGUAUAUAUGAUAAGCACAAGGACGACUGUAAGUGUAAGCCACCAGCUCUUGCAUCACUGAUACGAGCAAACUUUUCCUCCUCGAAAGAGAGUACCUACCUCAUUCAGAUCAAGAUGGCGGCCUUUUCCCACGGACACGCACACGCAUCCCGGCUUGCGCGAGGCGUAAAAAUCUAUAAAACUGACAAAAUCUUCCACCCGGCGCCUCAGCCUAUAAUGCCCCAAAGGCUCUUUGCGGGUGCUGAGUUUUGUAUGUACAUAUCGGCUUGGUAUGCAGCAACGAAAGUUAGGGACCUUCUUGUAUCGCAGGCCAUUUUCGUUUGUCUUGUUUGUCUCGCAGAAAAUGAAAUGCAAUGCUUCGCGUUGGCGUCAAAAUAAUGCAGGUCUCACGCGAUUCGGUUUCUUUGCCUCUCUCAGGAUGAGAAACAACUACGGGCUUCUGUGAAUCGCGCAAGAGAAAUAAUGCCCGUGCUUCUGGCUAUGCUGGGGAACGGAAGAGAUGUCUCCUCUCGAUACAAAUGUUCUUCUCUUGCUGCAGUGGCUGUGGGUCGAAGUACUGGCGGAGAAGAAGCAGAAGAGAACGAGACUCCGUAUCCACCAGGUCUUGCAUGGCUGGCCAAGGUCACACGUGCUCAAAGUUUGGUUCCUGCAACCUACGACAAUACGAAAACGAUUCCCGUCAAGUUGGACGCAAUUGUAGAGGAGAUGCAUUUCAGAUGCAGGGUUCUUGCCGUUACUUCUUCUAAGUACAUGACUUAGAAGAUGGCCAGAUUCAUAAUUACAUUUUCCAGAAACACAAAACGAACCCAAAAAUACAGAAUUUUGCCCAAAGUGGGACGAGCGCAGGAGUUCGCGUGCCUGGUCCGUCGCGUGUCAUGUGUAUACUCACCUUCACCGAAGGAGUAGCUGACGCUCUUAAAGACCAGCUGCAGCAGAUGCACUUGGACAUUGAUGACCUCGACACAGGCAAAGAUUACUAUCUUGACAUGGACGAGCUAAAAGCUGUGUUUGACACAAACCAUGAUAACAAAAUUACGGAAGAAGAGAUCGACAAAGUAAAGUUCUUUGAUUUGAACGGAGACGGAGCACUUUUGCAAGACGAAAUGGAAUUCGCUGACUCAUUCAAUUGGGCCCUCGACACGCAGUUUAGGUCGGAAGAUGGUGACGCGCUCCUGAAAGAUGUCAAUGAUCUUUUGCCUGAUGGCCAUAUCGCAGAAAGAAAUAAGAGCUACACUUAUUCACUUUUGAAGAUGUAGUAAUGUAACUGAGUUAUGCAGCUGGUUUGCUCGGCAUGCGCAUGACAACAAGAGCUCACAAGGAAAACAUUCGUCAAGCUAGGCUCGGUAGCAUUUGCCGGAGGGCAGACCGAGGUUGUCUGUGUUGCUUGUUCUGUAGCAAUAAUGUAAGUCACUGCAAUACUUUUCUCUCUGCAUUAUCAAGGACAUCGACGAAAAGCAGCUCGAGGCAUACGACUUUAACGGAGACUCCCAGCUUUCGCUCGACGAAGUGAAGCUUCUCGUCCAAGUGGAAAAGAAUGAUGACGACUUAAUUGAUGCGAACAGCGACGCACUAGGCAUUGCGAAUGGCCUCGUGGGGGAGUCUCACAAGCUGACGG